UCGUUUUGUACGCGGAUCACGUGAGAUUUCACCCGUGUCAUCCCUAUAUAGAGAGUCUACCGACUCUCUAAUAGUAACUGCAAUUCCUCCUGUCUCUUGUAGUAGCAGCAGUUUCAAAGACGACCGUGUUCCGGAGCUGAGCCAAGUUGCAAAUUACAAGUUGUCAGAAGUUUUGAUGAAGUUCUCCACAUAUUCUGCAUACUUCCUACUUUGCGGCCUCCUUCUGAUUUGGCAAGGGACCAAAGCAGCAGAGGUUCGUUGCUUCCCCGAGGUACACUGCGAGGGAGAACUCAUACAAACUGUAUUUACUCCAAGAGAGUGCUGUAUUGAGAAUGCUAUCGGUGUGUCAUACGACUACAGUGGACAGAUUGAGAAAUGCCACACUUGUGAAGAGGUGAAAGUCAGGCUACCUACAUACAACAGUAGUGACAGGUACACUGCCAAGAACACCACACUUAGGAUGGCCAAACGGCUCCCUGCAUCCCUCGGCGAAGCACAAUUCAUCUAUCCUGAAGAGGUCACCCUGCAUGUCAUUGUUCCAGCGGUGAGUAUUGAGAGGAGUAGCUACAGCAUCGAGUACUCUGAGAACCUGGCAGUUACUGUCUGUCUCUCCUACGACAACACUGGAGGAGGCCACGCCCAGUUCAGCGUCAACGUCUCGGUUACUGGACAAGAUGGUGGUUUUUCCAAGACACACAAAUUUGACUUCACCGCCCUCUCUGGAAGAUCGUGUGACUCUGUCUCUCUCCCUCUCUCUGCCAUCCACGACCCCUUCACUGACACCGUUUUCUCAGUUGCCAUAGUACACCAGGACCAGUCUCCAUUUGACCUGGGACCUAAUUCUAGUGUCAGUCUUACCGUCAAAGCUCUGAUAGACAUGGGCUCUACUGCAUUGUCAGAGAUUAUCGCAGUGGUAUUUGUUGAAAACAGCACAAAGUCAUGCCUGACAACCACUCUAACUUUGCCCGAACAACGCCCACAGAGAUUAACACUGACCAUUGUUUCAACGUUCAAUAUUUCGCCCUUCGAACUGCCAAAAUUUAGAGUAGGAGGUCGUCGCAACACUGUGAUAAUGGUUGAAGAGGAGCCACAGCCAACCUUGGAGAGCGUUGGUACACCAGAGGGAGGGAGAGAGGAGGAAGGAGAGGGAGAGAAAGGGGGAGAAGAAGAAGAGGAGGGAGAGGAAGAGGUUGCUACAGGGACAAGGGCAGCAGAGGUUCGUUGCUUCCCCGAGGUACACUGCGAGGGAGAACUCAUACAAACUGUAUUUACUCCAAGAGAGUGCUGUAUUGAGAAUGCUAUCGGUGUGUCAUACGACUACAGUGGACAGAUUGAGCGAUGCCACACUUGUGAAGUUCUAGGGUGGAAGCAGGCUCACGUCUAUGCCAUUGAAGACUCUGUCAUUUCAAUCCCGUUUGGAGCAAACAGAGGUGCUGCGGAAUCACGAUCCAUUUUCAACGUGGAAUACAUCUCCAACGAAGCCAACGCCACUAUGCUUGACCAGAGAGAUGGCCAAACGGCUCCCUGCAUCCUCAGUGAAGCGCAAUUCAUCUAUCCUGAAGAGGUCACUCUGCACGUCAUUGUACCAGAGGUGAGUUUUGAAAGCAGCAGUUACAGAGCAGACGUGACUGAGAACCUGGCAGUUCCUGUCUGCCUCUAUUACGACAACACUGGAGAGGUUACGCUCAGUUCAGCGUCAAUAUAUCGGUGGCCACAGAAGGUAAAAAUAUUGUUUUUAUGCACAUUUUGGUGUGUACCAAGAGAUGAAUGGAGAUGUGGUGGUUUUUUCAAGACAUUUGACUUCACCGCCCUCUCUGGACGUUCUUGUGACUCUGUCUCUCUCCCUCGCUCUGCCGUCCACGACCCCUUCACUGACACCGUCUUCUCAGUUGCCAUAGUACACCAGGACCAGCCUCCAUUUGAUCUGGGACCUCAUUCUAGUGCUAGUCUCAUUAUCAAUGCUCUGAAAGUACCAGAGGUGCAAUUUGAGGAGAGUCAGACGACCUACACUCUCCCAGUGACUUCUAUUGAGACUUGUCUUGUCAGAACACCACCAGAUGAGAUGGACAGUACACUGCCACUUACUGUCAAUGUCUCUCUAUCCAGAGACAUGGGGUCUACUGCAUUGUCAGAGAUUAUCGCAGUGGUCUUUGUUGAAAACAGCACAAAGUCAUGCCUGACAACCACUCUAACUUUGCCCGAACAACGCCCACAGAGAUUAACACUGACCAUUGUUUCAACGUUCAAUAUUUCGGCCUUUGAACUGCCAAAAUUUAGAGUAGGAGGUCGUCGCAACACUGUGAUAAUGGUUGAAGAGGAGCCACAGCCAACCUUGGGGAGUGUUGGUACACCAGAGGGAGGGAGAGAGGAGGAAGGAGAGGGAGAGGAGGGAGAGGAAGAGGUGGCUACGGGUAGUGGAGACGAUAUAGAGCUGGAUAUUGUGGGAGAUGCUUGCUUGCGCAGGGGCCAGAUCUUGGAAUCUCAGACACUAAUCCGCCGCGACUCGUCGUCGGGCGCUGCAGCGGACCCACUGACGGGGACGUCCGCUGCUACCUCUCCACGGGCUGUCGCGGAGGACUUAGCGGAGACGACGUGUCGUCCGUUGCGGAAUGCUGCGGAGGAGUGGGGCUGUCGUACUGCGACAGAGACGGCUGCGGAGAUUGUUACAGCAAACUUUAGGAUCCAGAUCACCUCUGAUGACCCCCUGGAGCCCGCCGACGUACUAGUCACGUACGAUGGUAACGAAGAGGGGACCCGUGUCGUCGUGGAACCAGGGGAGACAGAGAGCGUUGAAGUGGAGUUUCUCAGCGGGGAAAUCGGGAUCGGUGAUCGGGACAGGGCGGUGGUUGUCCGAUCGCUCAAUGGGGCGAGUGUAAGCAAGGGGUGCUGA